UAAUUUCCCUGCGCUUCUUUCCCUUGUCGUCUUUCCAAUAUCACCAUUAUCCUUUCUACAAAUUUAUUCUUUUUAUUCCUUAGAAUAUAACCACCAAUAAGUAAUAUACUAAUAGUAUUUCCUAAAAAAUGCAGUAAUCCUUUUUGCUUUUCUUCAUCUUCAAGACAUAAAUAAAUAGACAACAUAAAAAGAAAUAAAGAAUGAAAGGGGGAAAGCUUGUUGCAUUUGGAGUAUCGCUCAUCCUGGUUGUUGGGGUAGUCAUUGCUAUUAUUGUAGGCACUAAUCAUACCAAAAACUCUUCAGGCAACGGUGACAAGGAUGAUCAAGUGCUCUCUAGCACUUCCAAGUCCGUUGCUUCCGUUUGUUCCCAAACGGACUAUAAGAAAGCCUGUGUGAAUAGCCUCAGCUCUAUGGCCAACAACCAAAGCGCCACCCCGAAAGACUUUAUCCAGAAAGCCAUUGAGGUGGCCAUCCAGGAAGUUAAAGCUGGAAUGGAGAGGUCCGCCUCCAUUGGCAAAGCAGAGGCCCAUGACCCCUUGCAAAAGAUGGCCACUGAUGAUUGCAAGGAUCUACUGCAAUUUGCUAUCGAUGAGCUUCAAGCGUCUUUCUCCUCUGUUGGUGACAGCAACCUCCACACUAUGGGUGACAGGGAAACAGAGCUCAAAAACUGGCUCAGUGCUGUCAUCUCUUACCAGCAAACCUGCAUGGAUGGUUUCACUCAACCAGAACUUCAGAAUGCCAUUUCUACCUCCCUCUUAAAUGCCACACAGCUCACCGACAAUGCUCUUGCCAUUGUCGCAGCAAUCAGUGACAUCCUUUCAGCAUUUAAUAUCCCCAUUGGGAACAAGACUGAUACUAAAUCAGCAGGAACAGCAGCAUCUCGACGAUUGUUAGAUGCUAAUGACAAUGACAAGGAGGCAGCCCAGAAUACAGAGAAUGGAUAUCCUGCAUGGCUUUCUAGUAGUGAUAGGAAACUGCUGGCUGCAGGAACAAACAUUGCCCAACCACCACCAAACGCUGUGGUAGCUAAGGAUGGGUCUGGACAGUACAACACCAUUGCAGCAGCUCUGGCCGCGUACCCUAAGAACCUAAAAGGCAGGUAUAUUAUCUAUGUGAAGGCCGGAAUUUAUGAUGAAUACAUAACUGUAACAAAAGAUCAAGUUAACGUAUUCAUGUACGGAGAUGGCCCCCGAAAGACAAUAGUUACAGGACAAAAGUGCAACCGUGAUGGCGUAUCUACUUACCAGAGUGCUUCCUUCAGUGCCGUUGGAGAUGGAUUCAUAGGCAAGUCCAUGGGAUUCCAAAACACAGCAGGGCCUGAGGGGCACCAGGCUGUAGCUCUCCGUGUGCAAUCUGAUAUGGCUGCUUUCUACAAUUGCAGAAUGGAUGGAAAUCAAGAUACUUUGUAUGCUCAAACACAUCGACAAUUUUACCGCAAUUGUGUGGUGUCAGGCACAGUUGAUUUCAUCUUUGGUGACGCAGCAGCUAUCCUCCAAAACUGCUUAAUUAUUGCAAGGAAGCCAAUGGACAAUCAACAAAAUACAGUGACAGCUCAAGGAAGAACUAACAUUCGGGAGACCACAGGGUUCGUAAUCCAAAAUUGCCGCAUUGUUCCUGAGCAAUUACUGGAACCUAUGCGUUUCAAGAUUCCUACCUACUUGGGACGGCCAUGGAAGAUGUACUCAAGAACUGUUAUCAUGGAAUCUACUUUGGCAGAUUUCAUCCAACCUGCAGGUUGGAUGCCCUGGUCUGGAAACUUUGCCCUUGACACAUGCUACUAUGCCGAGUAUGCAAACCGUGGUCCAGGAGCCAAUACAAACAAUAGGGUCAAAUGGAAGGGAUUCAAAGUGAUCACAGACAGGAAUGAAGCCCUUCAGUUUACAACAGCUCCAUUUAUUCAAGGAAACCAGUGGUUGGCAUCCACUGGUGCCCCAUACUUCCUUGGCCUGAAUAACUAG